GGCAGUAUUGGUUGUUCGAAGUUCCAUAGAAUCAUCCUUGACGGAAAAUCCGAUGCUGAUUGAACCGAGAGGCGAAAGGACACCCCCAAUCGCCAUCGCUGCUCCUGUGCCCACCGUCCUUUUCUCAACUCCACUCGAGCUGAAGAUAAUUUUCUAUAAAUCCCUCCGAUUUCUCAGACAAGAGGCGGAAUAUUAGAUAUUCUUCUUUAGCAACCUUUCACUCUCGAAUUACGCAUAACUUUUAAUCACAUGGUGCCCAGGUCGGGCCCGACGAGUUCGGGUCAUCGACGUACGAACUCCGCCAUGGCAGCCGCUGAAAACGGGCGCAGUCCCUCCCCGGUCCCGCCCACAUUCCUCCAGAGCCGCUCCGGCAACGUGCGCCCUUCUUCCAACGCCUGUCGCUCAAAGUACCUCUCCACCCCGAACAAAUCUAUCCCAGUCCUCCACAACCUCCUUCCAUCAGCCCCGACGUCUCCACCUACGCCGGCACCGAGCCCGACACCGCAGCAGCGGGCCCCGAGCUGGCACACCGCGUUGGAUGAUGAGGAGAUCCUGCGUGAUGCGAAAUCGCAUUUCAGCUUGUUGGGAAGGGUGGGUCGGCAGAGAUUUUUAACGGAGCUGCUAAAUCUAUGUGACAACCAGCUGCUUGGUUUCGUCCACCAAGUUGUGAGCCCAAAGCUGAGGAAAGAUCCUUUUGAGAUGCUCCCCAAUGAGCUGUGUCUGAGGAUUCUCGCUUUCAUCGACGACCCGAAGACGCUCGCGAGAGCAUCGCAAGUCUCGAGGCGAUGGCACGACCUGUUAAAUGAUGAUUUAACAUGGAAAAUCCUUUGCGAUAAACAUUCCUAUAGACGGAUGUCGGAGGAUUAUGAGGAAGAACCCGAAACAUAUUCGCCGUCUUCCUCGAUCUACGGAUUUAAUUCUAAUUUUAAUCGAGACUUACAGCUGUUGCAGAGUCCAUAUGGCUCAGUUCAAGAUCCACUGAGCUGCAGUACUUCGGUUGUAGGAUCGUCCAUCGGUAUCUACGAUAGGCCGCGAUUCCGGAAGCAGCGCACCAAAACCACUUCAUACCGAUCCCACUUCAAGCAACGAUAUAUGGUGGAGGCAGCGUGGAGAAAAGGUGGUCAACUUAAGACGAAAUACAUAUCUCCAGAUCAUGGUGUUGUUACAAGUCUUCAUUUGACACCGAAGUAUAUCGUUGUUGCGCUGGAUAAUGCAAAGAUACAUGUUUUUGACACCCAGGGUGAACAUCAAAAGACGUUGAAUGGCCACGUUAUGGGAGUGUGGGCUAUGGUACCGUGGGAUGAUCUGCUGGUCAGUGGUGGUUGCGAUAGAGAUGUUCGCGUUUGGGAUAUGGCUACCGGGGCGAGCAUACAUAAGCUUCGUGGCCAUACUUCUACAGUCAGGUGCUUGAAGAUGUCUGACCGAAACACCGCUAUAUCUGGCUCUCGAGAUACCACGUUACGGAUAUGGGAUUUGGCAGCUGGGGUAUGUAAAAAUGUUCUAGUUGGUCAUCAAGCCAGUGUGAGAUGUCUAGAAAUUCAUGGAGAUCUCGUGGUGUCUGGUAGCUAUGAUACAACGGCAAAGGUUUGGAGCAUAUCGGAGGGGCGGUGUUUAAGAUCUCUCGCUGGGCAUUUCAGUCAGAUUUACGCCGUAGCCUUUGAUGGGCGACGGGUCGCCACUGGCAGCCUAGAUACGAGCGUGAGGAUCUGGGAUCCUCAUUCUGGACAAUGCCAUGCUAUACUGCAAGGCCACACGUCCCUUGUCGGUCAGCUACAGAUGCGUGGGGACACACUGGUUACCGGAGGGUCCGAUGGAUCUAUCCGGGUUUGGUCGUUACAGCGCAUGGCACCUAUCCACCGGCUAGCUGCGCACGAUAACAGCAUCACAAGUCUGCAAUUUGAUGAUAACCGGAUUGUCAGUGGCGGAAGCGACGGUCGCGUGAAGAUCUGGGAUCUCACGACGGGUCAGUUGGUGCGCGAGCUUAGUCAACCUGCCGAAGCGGUUUGGCGGGUUGCAUUUGAAGAAGAAAAGGCCGUUAUCAUGGCAACUCGUGGUGGGCGGACCGUCAUGGAGGUUUGGUCAUUUUCGCCGCCGGAGGACGAAUAUGCCGAGUCGCGCCAUCGCUCUGGCUCAGUAAGUCCCACUUCUACAUUGGGGCUUCACAGCUUUUCUGCGGCCCGUUCCACAGUUACAACUGUCGACGCGACCAGCAAUGCAGGAACCGUGUCUUCUUCGAUGCCCUAUGAUAUUCAUGACCUAGAAAUGCAAGACGUAAGAAAUGAAAGCCGUUGAUGUUGGAGUUUGGUUCCCUUGAUUCUAUUCGGUACUAUCCUUGGUAUGACCCACGACAACUUAAUGAAUUAGCAGGCGAGCAUGCAGGCCACUUGUAGCGAGUGUUUUCUUGAGUGUCUAUACCCCCCUUUCCUUUUGGUUUUUGGCGAGGUGUCGACGUACGGUUUUGGAUAUGGAAGACACCGAUAGGGAGAACCUCUGCAUCUACUCCAGACAACCGGCCUAUUUGCUAUGUGUGAUGUGAUUUGUGUAUAAUAGUACGGGGCACCCCCGUAGUUGCAGACGCUACCCCUAUGCCUAGAUACCAAUCUUCAGCUGUUGAAAUUUCGCCGGAUCCGUCUAGGUUCUGAACGGCGUCCUUUCUUUUUUGAACUCGGCUGACUCCCCGCUAGUUAGCUAGAUGAGGUUGUUGUUGCAGCAGGGAUGGGGACCAGGUGACUCUCAGCUCAGAGAAGAACCAGGAUUCCUGGGCUCGCUCGGAAUUCGCCAUCAUGUCACUUAACGGGGGUCCCAUAGGUUCAAUCACCGAAUAGUAAUCACGAUUUCCCGCUCGUUGAUAGCCAGGAAGUGAAACCGGACGGGAUCUAAACAUUCCCGAGUGUACACUAGCCUGUUCGUGCCUAGGACCCGUUUACUCAAAACAUCUUCGUGCAUGAGACUAGGUAUAAGUAGGCGCUACUUCGUGAUCCGUUCUCUGUACCACGGAGCAGCGACCAAGGAAUUUGAAGAAGAGGAAGAAGCUCAGACCGCCGAAGGUUGAGACGUUGUGAUCAAAGCAGUUUCUAGGGCACGAUGACGGAUGGCGUGCAUCACCCGCCCCCGGACCCGCCCACCGGCCUCGAUCCAUGCGGUCUGCCAUGGGGUCACGAACAGGCUCAUUAUCAGACAUUUCACCAUCCAGAAUUUGAGUCCAACCGUGGACAUGGACAGCCGAUUAGACCAUCUUCUCCUCUGUUCAUAAUUCAGCUGCUUGUGACAGCGGUUGUGUUCAUCGUAUUUGUGUUUGUGUUAAUGUCUUUGGUGGGAUCUCGGGAGGGGAGAGUCAUUACCCGUCAUCUUGGGCCUCUUCUGUAGCAAGGUAGAGGCUGGGAUUGUGACAUAUGUUUUAUAUGGCCCCGGCUGCGGAUAUUGAAUGAGGACGAACUUCACAAC